UACAAGUAGUUUGUGGAAUGGGAAUGAAUUUAUUUUCCGGUGUUUUCGCGUAUAGAAAUAGUACUUGUUUUAUUCUAAUUUAUUUUCUGUUUCAUUCUUCAUAGCUUUGACGCAUAUUGCAAAUUAUUUGUACUGAAAUUAAUUAAUGUGACUGUCUCCAGUAAAAGUUGAAUCGAAGCUCAGUUUUAAAUUGAACUUCCAUUUGGCCCAAAUUACUUAGUAAAAACAGUUACUAUCUAAAUGUUUAUUACAAAAUGGACGAAGUAUUGGAGAUAUUUUGCUGUAGCAGGCCUGAUGGUAAUACUAUUGAAACUUAUGUACCAACCGUCAUAUAUAACAUCAGGUAACAUCAUCUGCUACCGUCUCAAAGGGAUGGCCUCCCUCCCUGAUAUUUCAACGGUACAACCCAGAAAAGGAAAAUCAAUAUUUUUCCACGAAACUUCGUGUAACUCAGCAUCCAAAGAGAAAAUCUUCAUCACAGCACGACAGGCAUGUGCUGUUGAGAGUGCGGCGAAGGAAAAUCCGAAUUUUGAUGUUUACCUACUUUAUACGUCACCAGGUGUGUUCAGAUUUGAAGGAGAUGAAUCAGAUGAGAUUCUUAAAGCUUUAAUGUCUUAUAAAAAUAUUAAAAUUAUGCGUUUAGACUAUGAGAAAUAUACGAAUGGUACGCCCGUAGAAGCAUUGUAUAAAUCUGGUCGGAUAGAAAAAUCCAAAUAUGUGACUAGUCACGCUAGCGAUGUACUUAGAUACCUUACACUAUGGAAAUACGGUGGCAUUUACUUAGAUUUAGAUGUAAUUAUUUUAAAAUCUUUAGAAGAUCUGAAACCCAAUUAUGCUGGACUACAAUCUCGUACAGACGUUGCCGCAGGUGUUAUAAGUUUUGAUCCUGAUAGUAAAGGCCACCUAAUGGCAGAAAAAUGCCUAAAUGAUCUCAAAAAAAAUUUUAAUGGAAAUGAUUGGGGAAACAAUGGACCAGGAGUUAUUACAAGAUUGCUGGUAAAUUUGUGCCACAUAAAACAUUAUAGGAAAAAAAUGGAGCUAGCUUCAAAAAUGAUAAAUAAAGACUGUGGAGGCUUCACUGUUUUCGAGCCUGAAAUCUUCUACCCAGUACGAUAUGAAGACUGGCACUUUUAUUUCGAUGAAUCCAAAUUGAACUCAAUCCUUUCGCAUACCAACAAGAGUUAUGCUGUACAUAUGUGGAAUAAUUUCAGCAAAAAGAAAAAGCUACGAUUAGAUUCCAAUGCACCGUAUUUAUAUUUCGCUAAAAAGCAUUGUCCCAGAGUAAUUAAUUCAUGUAAGGACGAAUUUUGAGAUUAUAGAAAUGUAGCUAAUUGGUGGGAACUGGUAUUGAGUAUUUUAUAAAUGCUUAGUACUGCAAAAUUUUAUAUUUUACAUGUUUGAUAGUAUUCUAAUUAUUACAGAAGGACAAAAUAUGUGUUUCCAUCACACCAUCUACCUCGACCCUUGAUCUAAACAAGAGUACUUACGAGACUAGAUAGUCACACAUUACAAUCCGAUAUACAUUUCCCUCUAUUAUGUGCCAUUUAAGUAGACUCAAUGAUGGAAAGUUAGAUAACUAGACUAAGUUAGAUAAUAGAAACACUGGUUCUUGUAUUACAAGUUUGUGCAUUUUGUUAUUUGGCGAAGAUUCGUAUAAAAAAAACUUUACCACAUGUACUUGUGUCCAAUAUUUUUGUAGCAUUUGACUCUUUUAUCACUCAGAAUUGUGAUUUUUAUCCUUCCCUCCUAUUCUCCCAUUAAUUGCCGCACAAUCAUUUCGAGUACAUAUUUAAUAAAAAACAAAAUAUCUUCUUUUGUGUUCUAUAAUUGUAUUUAAAUUUUUGAUAUUCGCGAUGCGUGACAAUGGAGGGAUAAGCAAAACUGACAGCUUAAGUAGUAUCUAAAUAUUAAGGAAUUAGACAUCCUUGUUUACUAUUUGUCUAUCAAAUUUGUUUAAAAUCUAUUUAAACAAAAUUUGUAUAGUCAUGUCAAGUCAUGAGAAGACAGCUUAGAAUAUCCGGGUCUUAUAAUUCGAAAUUAACACAAUACAACACGCUAUAUAUAUGCCUUCAUUGAAAGCGUCACUUACCUCUUAGUAAUGUCCAAUAUCAGUUCAACCCUUACAAUACUUUUGAUUUUAUGUAGUCAUGAAUAUCUUAUUAAAAUAAAAGCCUCGAAACGCCUUAUAGUCUCAAUUAAUUGUUUGAUUUAAACUAAAUAAUAUGUGCAACUAAAUUGUUUUGUUCUUAUGUUAAAUCUGUGAACCAGUCUUUGUAGAUUAUCUUCAUCUUGGGCUAUCAUUAUUGCUUUUUAUUUCUUUGUUACCCGUUCUGUAUCCUCUUCCUUUGUUAAUACUUUUGAUGAUUUCAUCAAUUCAUCAUCAAACGUACUUGUGUAAUAGCCAAGUUUCACAUUUGCCUUCCCUGUAUAAAUUUUCAUAUCUAUAUAUUUAUUCUGUAACAUACAUUUUGUAUUACUCAUAUGUUUCGUAUAUUCCUUCCGGUUUUUUUAGUGUUUCCGUUUGCCUAGUAUAUUCUGAAGCUUAGCAUAAAAGCUAAGCAUUGGAGUAUAAAAGUGGUGACGCAAAAUAUGCUAAAAAUGUUUGUUUAUAAAAGUGUAACUAACACAAACUUGGAAAAAGAAAAACUGGUAUGUAAUGGGAAAUAAUUCCUCAAAACUAUUAUGAAAGGAAAAAUCUCCUAAAAUUGUCGAAUAAUGAAAUAUUGCGUAAUAGUUUUGGUGAUUUAUUACACAAAGGUUAUUACCUAUUGGCACAAAAUAAUAAACAAUCAGAAUACCCACUCUGCUUGAAAAAAAUAAGUACGCGCAUCUCGUUCGCGCAGACGGAAUCAGCCAUGUUUUAGUCAGAACCAGUGCGUUCGGUGGCAUUUUAUCUGGUGUGCAUAAAAUUAACCCGGUUUAAUUUAUUUACGGCAACUAUAGACAUAAUAAUCACUAUUUUAUUCGUACUUUUAGUUGAAGAAUAGAAUAAAUUAUUAUAAAUGUACAAAAUUAUUAAUAUCUAAAAAGUUAAAUUACAGUUCUGUCAUAGCUUUUCACAAAUUUUUCAAUUUGAGUCUAUGUUUCCGUCUAAAAUAUGGCGAUCGCGUGCUGACAAACUUCAAAGGCGGCAUCUGAGAGUGGGCAUUCUGAUUGUUAUUUAUUCUAUGGUAUUAGACUGAUUAUAAAAUGAAACCAAGAGUUCCAUUAGGAAUUUCUUAAUAAUGAACG